UGGGGUGGAGAAGCGGAGUUUGCGACGUUACGUAGCCGCCAUUUUGUUUCACCGGGAGUAAAGAAGCCAGCCUGAGAGCCCCGGCGUGAAAAAUUUCCCUCAUUCGGACUACCUAAAUUACGGCGGAGCUGCAUCGUGCACCCAAAUUCAGAUUCGCAUGAUGUCUGAAGACAUGGCCACAGAUCACGUUAACGGGAACGGGACGGAGGAGCCGAUGGACACUACAGCCGAGGUGACCCACUCGGAACACUUCCAGGCUUUACUGGAGGCAGGUUUACCUCAGAAUGUCGCUGAGAAGCUGGAUGAACUUUAUGUAGCAGGCCUGGUAGCACACGGUGACCUCGAUGAAAGAGCUAUUGAGGCUUUGAAAGAAUUCAACGAAGAUGGAGCCCUGCAGGUGUUGGUGCAGUUCAAAGAGAGUGACCUGUCACACGUGCAGAAUAAAAGUGCCUUUCUCUGUGGGGUGAUGAAGACUUACAGACAGAGAGAGAAACAAGGGACUAAAGUUUCAGACUCCAUCAAAGGACCAGAUGAGGCUAAAAUCAAAGAACUCCUCGAGAGAACCAGCUACACACUCGAUGUUACAACCGGCCAGAGGAAAUACGGCGGACCCCCGCCAGAGUCCGUGUACUCGGGUUCUCAGCCCCCUGUCGGCACAGAGAUCUUUGUUGGGAAGAUUCCCCGUGAUCUGUACGAAGACGAGCUGGUUCCUCUGUUUGAGAAGGCCGGUCCGAUCUGGGACCUUCGGCUAAUGAUGGAUCCGCUGAGUAGCCUGAACAGGGGCUAUGCCUUCAUCACGUUCUGCAGUAAGGAGGGUGCCCAGGAGGCCGUAAAGCUGUGCAAUAAUCAUGAGAUUCGCCCUGGCAAGCACAUCGGGGUGUGCAUAUCUGUUGCCAACAACCGGCUAUUUGUUGGUUCAAUUCCCAAGAGUAAAACAAAGGAGCAGAUUGUUGAAGAGUUUUCCAAAGUCACAGAGGGCCUGAGUGAUGUCAUACUCUACCAUCAGCCCGACGACAAAAAGAAGAACCGAGGCUUCUGCUUCUUAGAGUAUGAAGACCACAAAACGGCCGCUCAGGCCCGUCGCCGGCUAAUGAGCGGCAAGGUGAAAGUUUGGGGCAACCUCGUGACCGUGGAGUGGGCAGACCCCAUCGAAGACCCCGACCCAGAAGUCAUGGCCAAGGUGAAGGUUUUAUUUGUGAGAAAUCUCGCUAAUGGCGUCACGGAGGAACUCCUGGAGACGUCCUUCAGUGAGUUUGGAAAGCUGGAGCGAGUGAAGAAGCUCAAAGACUACGCCUUCAUUCACUUUGAGGAGCGGGACGGUGCGGUGAAGGCACUGGAGGAAAUGAACGGGAAGGAGUUGGAGGGAGAGCCAAUCGAGAUAGUGUUCGCCAAGCCGCCCGAUCAGAAAAGGAAGGAGCGCAAAGCCCAGAGGCAAGCGGCUAAAACGCAAAUGUACGAUGACUAUUACUACUACCCUCCCCCUCCCCACAUGCCCCCUCCCAGCAGAAAUCGGGGUCGAGGAGGGAACAGAGGCGGCUACGCCUACCCUCCUGACUACUACGGUUACGAGGACUACUACGAUUACUACGGCUAUGACUAUCACAACUACCGCGGUGGCUACGAUGACCCCUACUAUGGGUACGAUGACUUCCAGGCCCCAAGCCGGGGGCGGGGCGGCAGCAGGGGCGCACGGGGCGGAUCCUCCCCGGCCAGAGGACGUGGCGGCUCGGGGGCACCCAGAGGGAGGGCAAACUUCUCGCAGCGCGGCGGGCCAGGACCAGGUCGUGGCGGGCGCGGCGCAAGAGGAGGCGUGCAGCUGAGAGGGCGAGGAGGGGUACGUGGUGCACGGGGUGGCCGCGGUGGAAAUGUAGGAGGAAAGCGCAAAGCUGAUGGGUACAACCAGCCAGAUUCCAAGCGUCGCCAGACCAAUAAUCAGAACUGGGGCUCUCAACCCAUUGCUCAGCAACCGCUCCAAGGUGGUGAUCAUUCUGCAGGAAAAAGGGGGCGAGGCUGGUCCUGAUGUGUUGCUAUGAGGACUGACGGCGACGCACGCUGCGGGCUUCGGUGGAUGAAAUGGUAAGGUCAGCUGACUCAAUGGUCCAAUGGUUGUCCAGCCUUUUAUUUUAUUUAUUUUUUGAUUUUUUUGAUUUUCAAUGUAAAGGAAGGUUUUUUUUUUUUCAUUUUGUUUUUGAUCAUCUUCGAACUGCCAUGUUUGAAGAUGAUCAGAAGAGUAAACCCCACCUCCUCCAACCCUAAGGCAGCCAUGUGAGAUGUACUGAGGUCACGGUGGACAUCCUUCUGGAAAAGGCUUUGCACUUUUUUAAAUUGAGGCUUGGAGUGAUGCAGUGGGACUUGUUGUUUCUGAGUUUUUGGACUGAGACAUGUGAGGUGCCGACGCCUGGGUCUCGCAGGAAAACUGGAUCACGAGCUACCUCGGUUUCACGGAAACGCCUCAGAUCAUCUACUUAAGGAAACUGAGACAGGGCUCGAGCCUCUCCGGCCUUGCAGCAGAGCACUUGAUUUAAUUGAGGCUCUCGCUGAGACCUGGCACCGGCCGGUCCUGUGGGAGCGAGCCUGAACAUGCCUUUUUUGCUGUCUUUGUACAUGAACUGAGUGACAAUGAAGUUAACGGACAGAUUGUUUUGUCUUUUAUUUGUAAGGCUUGAAAACCACAGCCCUCCUCUUCUUCAUGUCUUCCACAGCCUGACCCAACAGCUGUCUUAACUACAGAUUUAGGAUGUCAUGUGACAUCCUGCCAUGUCUAAGAGGGUCUGGAAGAAAAUGGGUUACAUGUUUUGCAUUGUAUGUAUGCCUCUGUAGACUAUCAUGCCAUGUAUGUAUGUGCUUAUGAGAAAUUUACCUGUGGUGUUGACUCAUGACUUCUCACUGGUGCGAGUGUAAAGGAGAAAUUUACUGCUGGCUGCUCAGUAUUUGGAAGGGUGGGAGUUUAAGGCUUGUUUUGAUUGAGAAGAUGACCAACCAAAGAGCCUGAAAGUAGUUUUAACACUUAGUUUUAUACUCCUGCGAUUUAAAACUGGUUAAAAAGAGUAAAAAUAUAGUCAGACAUGUUAGAAUGAGAGUAAAACAUUUUAACAUCUGUCUGUUCUUUCAGCGUUAAACGUUGAAGGGAAAUGCAGACCUUGAUCUGUGGUUUUAUUUGAAUCAAAAGGAGAAAAUUUAUUUCUUCAGAGGACAAAAUUUAAAACAAGUUUUUAUGCUCAGUGUCAGAUAAAAGCUUUUUCUUU